ACAUGGCGUGCACAAUAGGAGGAAAAGGAGGAGCGUGGAGGAAGAAGAAAGAAGAGGAGGGGCCACACUCCACUAUCCCAUUCCAUGCAAGUGGGAGUGAAGAGGAGAAAGAAAGGAAGACAGGAGAAAUCAAAGAUCCCAAAAGCUCUCUUCUCUUCUCGUGGAUCACCAAAAGUGACGGAAUAUUCUCACCGACCUUAUCCUCCUCCUCCUCCUCCCGCAGCGACAUCUUCUGAGCUCAGCAUUGAUCCGAAGCCUUCAUCUUAUCUGCUUCCAAAUCGUCUCUUUCAUGCGCCCUUCUCUUUGCUCUAUAAAUCUGCGCCAUGCUUCCCCUCCGUGUCGCCACCACUGUUCACAUCCUUGUGGCUCGCCAUGGAGAAGCUGCCGGCGUCUCAAGUAGCAAAGGGGGCGUUCCUUCUCGCUCUCCUCCUCUUCACCCCUUUCAUAUCCUCAUCCUUGAGGACCUCUUACCUGUACUUCCUUCUCAACAUCCUCAUCGUCGCUCUGGGACUCGAGGCCGGCUUCCUCACCGCCAUCUCCAGGCCUCACGAGGAGAAGAAAGCGCAGAACUCCCUGGAGACUCCGGUCCCCGUGGAAGCCGCCGUCCAUGACGCGGCUACUGAUGCAACCAAGCUUGUCAGCCCGCAAGAACGGGUUACACAGGCGGCGAAGCCACCACGGAAGCCGGCGGUGCAGACGAGAGCGCAAACUUUGAAGCGCUGCCCGUCAAGGCCGAGCCUUUUCUUCAUCGGUGGCACCGAGGGAGACAGCUUCGUCAAAGAGGAGAAGGAAGAGAAGGUGGAGGAGGCCGGGGAGCUGAGCAAGCAGGAGUUGUUUGCCAAGGCGGAGGCUUUCAUCGGCAACUUCUACAAGCAGCUGAGGAUGCAGAGGGAGGAGUCGUGGAAGAAGAUUCAUGGGUUCUAUCACAGGGCUUUCUAGGUUUCACAUGAUGCCUACUUCCAUGUUGAGCAUGGCACAGUGGUUGAGAGAGAGAAGUACCGAGCAUAUUUUCUUUGGUACAUCUCAUUCUUUGA